AUGAGUUCGUGCAAACCCUAUGCCACUCCGGUUGAAACUUCGUCUAAAAUCAAUGCCUCAGAUGGCAUGUUAUUAGCCAAUGGCAUUCAUUACAAGAGUCUCACCGAUGCUCUUUUGUAUUUGAAAUUCACUCGCCCCGACAUCACUUAUGCAGUCCAACAGGGUACUCUUGAUUAUGGUCUACGGAUCAAUGCCUCUCCGGCUAAAUCGCUCGUCGCCUACUCAAACACCGACUGGGGCGGUUGCCCGGACUCGAUACGGUCCACUUCUGGGUAUUGUGUUUUCUUAGGAGAUAACCUCAUAUCAUGGUCCUCUAAACGACAGCCCACUAUUUCUAGCUCGAGUGCUGAAGCUGAAUACCGCGAGGUUGCCGAUGUCAUUGCYGAAGAAAGUUGGAUUCGUAACUUACUACUGGAACUUCAUGUACCCAUUUGCAAUGUGACUGUUGUUUAUUGUGAUAACGUCUCCGCUGUUUAUCUUUCUUAA